GUGUCUUUUUUGAACUGAACAAUUCCUGAAUGCACUCCUGAAGGUCACUUAUACCUAUAUAUGCCAGGGUAAAAGGCUCGACAAGCAUAUUGUUUAGUUCAGCAUACAAAAACAUGAACGGAUUGAUCAUUGCAGCUCUAGCCAUUCUGGCUGUGGCCUCCGCCACUCCCUCGGGCCACAUCGGGGGGACCGUAGUCGCGGGUCCCUCGGGAAUCGUCACCGGGCAUGGCGCCAUUGGCCCUGUAGGCCAUGGGCUGGGCUUGGGGUUGGGCCAUGGACUGGGCUUGGGACAUGGAGUUUGGGGUGGACAUGGGGCGGUUUUGGCCGCUCCUGUGGCUAGUGCUGUGGUCGCUGGACCCGCUCUGGGUCAUGGACUCGUUCUGGGUCACGGACUCGGUCUUGGACACGGUCUCGGAGUCGUCACUCACGGAGGUGGCACCAUUGGAGUCAGUGGACAUGGGGCUGCCAUCCAUGGGCCUGGAACUGCCCCAGUUGUCGUCGCUGGACCUUCGGGAAAAGUCGCCGCUGAUGGGCUUUGGGGACCCACCGCCAAUGUUGGGUUGGGCCAUCAUGGGAAUCAUGGCUGGUAAAAGACUGAACUAAGCCAAUAUCACACAAAGGUUGCCAUGACAGAUCGGUUUUUGCGCUACUGGAAGCAGUUUUAUGUUUGAGGGAGUCUGUGCCGAUGGUGUUAUGGAAGCCUUUAAAAUCAUACACUUGAUCUACCAAAAAUAAGUAUCGCGAGGAACAGGAUCAUGAAUUUUCUUGUACAUUACUGUAUGCUAUUUAUGCAACAUACCUGUAAAAAUGUGUUCAAUGAAUAAAUGAUGGAUGAUUUUGUA